UGGUUUCGGAGCACUUCCUCCUUCCCCCCUCUUCCCGUUUUCCCUGCCGGUUCCCGUUUGGUGCUUCCCGGUCGCGGCCGCGGCAGAAACCAGAAAUCCAGAGGUAGAUUAUAGCAAGUCGUCCUCCUAGGGUCUUCCUGCCAUGCAGUAAUGACCCCGUCUUGAGUUACCUGGAUCCCCUUUAUUCGCAAGUACUGCUCUUAUGUAGAGACCACCAGUUUUGUGGCACCAGAGCUAAUCUCUUUCGAAGAUGUUUGGUGGCUAUGAGAACAUAGAAGCAUACGAAAAUGAUCUGUACCGUGAAGAGUCAUCCAGUGAACUGAGUGUAGACAGUGAAGUGGAAUUUCAGCUCUAUAGCCAAGUACAUUAUGCACAGGAUCUUGGGGAAAGCAGCAGGGAGAACCAUACCGAAGAAAAAAGUUCUGGGAAUUCUGAGUCAGUUGGCCCUGUUAAAGGAAAUCAAAACAACCUAAUCAUCCUUUCAGACACCGACGUCAUCCAAAUUUCAGAUGGGCCGGAGGUCAUCACUGUGUCCGAUGAUGAAGAUAGUGUUUAUACAUGUAAAAGAAAGAAUGCGGAAAAAACGGCUCAGGUGUUGGAAGGGCCAGAUGAUUCCACUGCCGAUAUUGUUGCACACAGUAGCCUCCGUUCUACUGCGGCCACCAUCAAGGCUUCCAAAACGGGCAAGUUUGCCGAUGAGAAGUCCGAGUCGGGGGAGAGAUCACGGCUGAUCCAAGAGGUUCUGUUGGUAGGGGACAGUUCCGAUACCGAAGAGGAGUGCUCGGCCUCGGAAAGCGGAGACAGUGAUAAUGUAGAAAGCUGGAUGCUUCUGGGAUGUGAAGUGGAUGACAAUGAUGACAACAUUCUUCUCAACCUUGUGGGUUGUGAAACCCCUGUCAGCGAAGGUGAAAGUGAGGAGAACUGGUCCAUCAGCAAUAAAGAUAUAGAGGCCCAGAUAGGCAACAAAACAGCGGUGAGACAGGUCAACCGAUACUAUUCAGGGAACAAAAAUGUUACCUGUAGAAACUGCAGAGAAAAAGGACAUUUGUCCAAAAACUGCCCUGUUCCACAGAAAAGUCCUACCUGUUGUCUCUGUGGGGUGAGAGGACACCUUCAAUACAACUGCCCAGCCCGACUUUGUUUAGACUGUUCUUUACCUGCGUCUUAUCCUCAUAAGUGUUUUGAAAAAUCUGCAUGGAAAAAGACUUGUCACCGCUGUGACAUGAUAGGCCACUAUGCUGACGCUUGCCCAGAAAUAUGGAGGCAGUAUCACCUAACGACCAGACCUGGACCUCCUAAGAAGCCCGAGACCUAUUCUGGACGAUCAGCCUUGGUGUAUUGCUAUAACUGCUCUCAGAAAGGCCAUUAUGGAUUUGAAUGCACCGAAAGACGAAUGUUCAGUGGAAUAUUCCCUGCUUCACCAUUCAUCUACUACUACGAUGGGGAAUAUGACAUCCGGAAGAGAGAGCAGAGGAUAAAAUGGAAAAUGGAAGAACUCCAGGAAUUUAGUGGGUUUCCAAGGCAGUUCAAGAGGCCUCACCUAGAAGCAGAGGCAGCAGAUCAGGGUCACUACCAUAGGAUAAAGAGUCAUGCUGAAUACGAAGUCCACAGAUGGCCUCGAGGAGAGAAAUAUUCCACGAAAGCUAAAAGUCAGGACAGAAACCAGAAACACCAAGAAAAGAAGCACAGGAAGAGUGUCCCAAAGAAUCAUGACAUGGAGGAGGACUUUCCCCGGGGACCUAAAACCCACUCUUCCCACUGCAGUACCAAGACUCGAAAGAAAUCUCACCAUUCUUCCCACUUAGCAUGCCAAAAACUGAAUAGAAGAGAACAUUCCAAGGAGGGCAAGCAAAGGAAACACAAGAAAAAAUGGAAAGGGGGUGAUGAUGAGAUUGAUGAGAGUUUGUUUGUAAUCAAACAGAGAAAGAAGAAACCUAAGCUUAACUGAUGUAGUGGCCUCAUUUGCCAAAACACUUUCUUGACUUUGUAUUAAGAAACAAAGUUGUAUCCCAACCUUGCUCAUAGGAAGGAAAAGCAAAGACAAUUUAGCUCCUCAAACCUCCAUUGCUAAAUAUGAGUGCCUUACUAUCCUUGGUAAUGAAUCAGCCGUUCAAUAGGUUGGGGACAAAAGGGGUAAAUUGUGCAUUUUUUAGUAACUGUUCCAUUUUGUAAGAUACAUAUACUUCCUUUUUACUCAGAAGCCUGGUAAUGGGGAACUUUGGACUUUUUAAAAAUCCUUUCUAUUGCCCUCAAUUUUUUAAAAAAGAGUACCCACCAUAUGCGACUAGCUUGUGAUGUCAGUUUUAAAACGAGCCUUCAAACAUUUAUAUGGAAAGUUUCCUCAGUCAUUUCUGAGGUCUCUUUUCAGCCUUGGGUUGUCAAAAACCGCGCUGUCCUCCUAGUUCAAGUUCUCCGGCUCUUGGAGCUUCCAAUAAAGUCUUCCUUUGUGAGCCUGUUGGCAGUUUGAGAAUAAAAAUGUGUGUGAUGCCAAAAGUUCUGCCUAAAGGAUUUUAUUAAGUAGUGAGAAGACGGGAGACUUGGACUAAGGGAAUCUAAGUUUGAGAACCCUCUGGAAUGUAAAUAGCAAAAAUGCCAAGAGAAUCCUUCAAAAAUAUGAUUAGAGGAAGAGUAGGGUAAAGUUCCAGGAUAACGACUAUAGAAUUGCUUUCUUCAUGUAAAACCCCCACUGUCAUGAAAUCUAUCAUCCCCCAUAUGGAAAAAAUGUCCUCUUUUAAUACCUGAUUGCAGAAAGUGUCCACUGAUCAGUCUGAUUUUGUUUUGUUUUUAUCGAAGAAGCCAAAAAUAGGGGUUUUUUUUGUAUUUUGUAAAGCAGUGUUUAAAACUUAGUUGUAAGAAUUUAAAAAAAAUAAACAUGCUGAGAGAAUAUGAAAAGUAAA